AUGAAGAAGGCAAAGCUUGAUUCAACAAUAGAAGCUGCUGUAGUUGUGGCUCCACAUGAUGUUGACCUUGAAGAAGAUGACAUCGAUGUGGUUGAUGUAGAUGUUAAAAUAGAAGGUGAAGAAGUUCAUGUCAAAUCAGAAAGAGAACGAUGGUCGAAGGUAUGGAAGUUUUUUGAAAGACUUCCAAUUGGUAAUGAUGGAAGGGAAAGGGCAAAAUGUGAUGAAGAGUUAUCUUUAGAAGAGCUUACCGAUGAUGUCAUGCAAAUGGAUAACAAGGAUACAAAAGUUGAGGACGUUUAG